UUCUGGUGACCAAACCUCAGCUGACAUACCUCUGACCGCCGAGUCCGAGCGUCAACUCCCGGCGGAGAGAGCAAGCCAGCCAAUCGUUCAAGCACCGAUGGAGCUGCAACCAGCUGAGCCAGUGUCGGCAACGACGGCGGGUCCGAGCUCAGCAGAGCAAGCCAAAGCUCCAUCAGCACCUGCCCCGCUCAAGACAGCGCAGCAAACUGCCAUCACAUCUUCGCCUACGACAGCGAGAGUAGCAGGAGUGAGCAAGCGCGCUUCUGUGCAAUCUCGGCCGCAGUCAACAGGCUCUCGUCUGUCUGCCUUUUUCAGCAGGAGCAAGACCAGCCGACAGUCAGUCGAUGCUGACGAGCCUCGCCGGACUUCCGUCACCUCUGUCGUCUCCGUAUCGCCUGCCGCCGUCCCGGAGCCCAUACAAGCGCCAACAGAGACAGCAGAGAUACACGCUAGUCAGCUUACACCUACUCUCGGUGCAUCGGGCGCCCGUGCCCCUUCAACAGAAGACGCGAACUUGCAACAGGGUGACGUGGCCACACCAAGCCUGCAAAAGACGGACCACUUGGAUGAGUGGCAGAUUGGGGCCUCGCCGACAGGCUUCAACCUUGUUCAGGUAUCUGAGCAAUUGGCCGAUUUGUCUCAAGCCACGCAAGAGCCCAUAUGUGGCGUACCGCAGCUUACGACAUCCGCUGCUGCUUUACAUCUGCAAGGCUCACUAUCAUCUUCAUCUGCGGCUUCGGACGAAUCGUCGAGUCGGCGCAUUUCCGAAUCAGAGACGCCCAUCACUGAUGUCGGUGUAUCGCCCUUCGGUUCGUCUCCGGACCCGAGUUUGCGCAAGUCUCGUGUGUCAAGCACCACAACGGUGCCCGAAGAUGACGAAGAGACGACCGAAAAAGAAAUGCUCGGCAUUGCUUCGGCCGACAGCCAAGCCGCGCUCGAUCUGAUCUGCGAGCUCCAUCCGCGAUUCGAGUAUGCCAUGACCGAGUUUCCUCGACGUAUCCUCAUGGGCAUCGUCAAGCAUCUUGAUUAUGUCGACAUGCGCCCGUUGCGUGACCUGUCCAAGGGAAUGCGGCGAUUGCUCAACUCGGAUUCGGUCCGCGAGCUGGUCGUGAGCCGUUACCUUGUUUCGUUUGGCUACCGUACCUUGCCACCGGAACUGCUCAUGUCAACGCCGCAUGGAUCAGCGACCAGUCCAACCUCGCCAUCGGCGCCAAAGGCAGCCCCGAUACAGAUCUCGCUGCGCGACUUGGAUGCUUUCCAAGUUGGUCUCGAGAUCGGAUUGGGCGAAUACUCUGCCCUUGCUCGCGACCAUCGUGCUCAACCCCUCGAUGCUGUCACACAGCAGAUGCUCAAAGCAGCCACGCGAGCAUGGAAUCGCGUCGUCUUGCGCGUCCGCUCGCAGCCUCCUAUGAGUGCCGACGAGAAGCGCGCUAUCAUUGAACGAGGCAUCACUUUGUCAUCGGUCUACCGACAUGGCCGAGCACCUCUACUUCGGGUAUGGGUGCCAGCAGCGGGCAACUGGAUGAAUGAUGACGAGCUCGUCGAAUGCGAGCGAGAAGUGUGGCGGCAAGUUUCCCUCGCAUUCUGACUGCGGUUUGGUUAAUGUCCGGAAUUUGACAGAUCUGGCGCUUGGCCAAUGGUGCGCAAAGGCGACAUCGUCUGGAAUGCUGCGAUUGGCGACUUUGGUAACGAGGGCAAGCUAGUGCACGAUGGGCGCUAUCUUCGCGAUCUCUCGUACACAUUUGAUCCUGUCGGCCAUUUACCCGUGAG